GGUGCGCCCGGCAUGGCUGCGGCCGAGGUGCCCGGCUACCUCGUGUCUCCGCAGACGGAGAAGCACCGGCGGGCUCGCAACUGGACCGACGCAGAGAUGCGCGGCCUCAUGCUUGUCUGGGAGGAGUUCUUCGACGAGCUGAAGCAGACCAAGCGCAACGCCAAGGUGUACGAGAAGAUGGCCAGCAAGCUGCUAGAGAUGACAGGCGAGCGCCGGCUGGGCGAGGAGAUCAAGAUCAAGAUCACGAACAUGACCUUCCAGUACAGGAAAUUAAAAUGCAUGACAGAUAGCGAGUCCGCCCCGCCCGACUGGCCCUAUUACCUAGCCAUUGAUAAGAUUCUGGCCAAGGUCCCCGAGUCCUGUGAUGGCAAACUGCCGGACGGCCAGCAGCCGGGGCCCUCCGCGUCCCAGACCGAGGAGUCCCUGUCGCCGUCGGCUAAGUCCACCCCUCUGUACUUCCCGUAUAACCAGUGCUCCUACGAAGGCCGCCUCCCGGACGAACGCUCCGACAGCUCCUCCAGCUCACUGUCCCUUAAGUUCAGGUCGGAAGAGCGGCCUGUGAAGAAGCGCAAGGUGCAGAGCUGCCACCUUCAGAAGAAGAAGCUGCGGCUGCUGGAGGCCAUGCUGGAGGAGCAGCGGCGGCUGGGCCGCGCCGUGGAGGAGACGUGCCGGGAGGUGCGCCGCGUGCUGGACCAGCAGAGCCUGCUGCAGGUGCAGGGCGCACAGUUGCAGGAGCGCAUGAUGAGCCUGCUCGAGAGGCUCAUCGCCAAGGCCAGCGGCUAG